AUGAUUCGCCUCGGGGAAUUCCUUAAGAAGGGUCACAAUAGUAUUCACUCCUUGGAUGCUACCGAGAUUUCUGUGAUUCUUAUCGUCGAAACUCUGAAAAGCCGGGAAGAGAUACUGGAUGAUGUGAAAGCUUGCAAGCUGCUUUUUACCCGCGAUUAA